AUGAUCCACCGCGAAGUAGCCGAUGGUCUAGAGCGUCUUUGGAACGUAAGAGUAAACUGCAUAUGGGAAGCCGAUGAAAGUAGUCGCCAUGGAGAGGUUUAUAUAUUCGACCAUGUAUUUAAUCAGGAAUGUACAAAUUCAGAUGUAUAUGGAUCUGUAGUAAAACCUUUAGUCGAUUCCUUCAUGGAAGGUUUCAAUGCCACAAUAUUUGCAUAUGGCCAAACAUCUUCUGGCAAAACACACACCAUUUUGGGCAAUAAAACAGAUCCUGGGCUUUUCCAAUUAGUAUCCAAUCAGUUAUUCCAGCAUGUGGCAGACCAGGUUGAUAAGAGGUACUUGAUUAGAUGCAGUUAUAUUGAAAUCUACAAUGAAAAGAUCAAUGACCUCCUGGAUAAGAGCAAUCAGGGUUUAACUAGAGAAGAUAUCAAAGGAAAUGUGCUGCUUGAUGCAAGGGAAGCUGUCGUAGACAAUGUUGAUAAAGUUAUGGAGAACAUGAUGCAGGGCAAUAAGAUCAGACGAGUUGCAGCUACUCGCAUGAAUGAGAGGUCAUCUCGAUCACACACGAUUUUCCGGAUUAUUCUGGAGUCGAAAGAUGCCAAUCAGAAAGAUGGACCUGUACUAUAA